AUGUUACGUCGUACUCCGGUGACCAAAGACGGAAAAGUAGUUGAUCGCCUUCAGGAGAGCACUCGCAUUAACAAACCAUUCAAACCUCCUACUCCCAUAAUUCAGCGCGAACACCUUCAGCGAAAGCGGAAACGAGUAUCGUAUAAAGAGGACCAGAAUGCUCAUGACGCUGAGAGCGACGACGCCAAUGACGGUCACAAGAAGAAGCGCAAACUCGAUAAGCAUGGUAAUCCUGAAUUGCCGCGAGACAACAAUAUCAAGCACUUCCCUGUGUAUAAGGCGAAGCCGUUCGGAGAUGUAUCAAGGAGAUUCUCAAUUCCAGAGAUGAGAAACAAGGAUGGCGAUGUCGUUCAAAUAAUUCCUUCGAACGCUUCCCUUGGGAUUCGUCCACUUGCCAACAUCAUACCCCGACCCCUCCAUGAUCCCAUGGAAGACCACGCUAUCGUUCUGUACGAUCCUACCAUCGAUGAUAAAGAAACAGAUGAGGAAAGGAAGGAGAGGGAGAAGGAGGCUGCCAAAGAAAAGGCUGCAGAGGAGGCGCGACAAAAGACCGCAGGACUAUAUAAUCCUCACAAGAGCCUCAAAUUGCUGCUGGGUGGCGGAAAUGAAAAGAGGAAGAAGAAUGAUAAAGUCGCUGUCGUCAUCGAUCCACGCCUAUGCAAGGUACUCAGACCUCAUCAAAUUGAAGGUGUGAAGUUCCUGUACAAAUGCACGACAGGAAUGAUUGUCGAGAAUCAAUAUGGCUGCAUAAUGGCUGAUGAGAUGGGUCUUGGGAAAACUCUUCAAUGCAUCGCACUUUUGUGGACGCUCGUUAAGCAAUCUCCCCACGCUGGUAAGCCUACUAUCGAGAAAUGCAUCAUCGCUUGUCCUUCAAGUCUUGUCAAAAAUUGGGCCAAUGAACUCGUAAAAUGGCUGGGGAAGGACACCGUAUCCGCCCUAGCCAUUGAUGGAAAAGGAGGGAAAGCGGAGAUGCUGGCGAGAGUAGCACGUUGGGUGGCGGCGGGAGGAAGGAACGUUUCUCAGCCAGUCAUGAUUGUCUCGUAUGAGACAUUGCGUUCACUGACCGCUCACCUAGCCAAUUGUAGUAUUGGACUCCUACUUUGCGAUGAAGGCCAUCGACUCAAAAAUUCAGAAUCAUUGACAUUCCAGGCCCUUAACGGGUUGAAUGUGAGACGCCGAGUCAUCCUCUCUGGAACACCUAUCCAGAAUGAUCUGUCGGAAUACUUCUCCCUGCUGAAUUUUGCCAAUCCAAAUUUCCUUGGCUCCAAGAAUGACUUUCGUAAAAACUUCGAGAACGCGAUUAUACGUGGACGGGAUGCUGAUGCGAGUGAUCAAACGAAGGCCGAGUGUGAGAAGAAGUUGAAAGAACUUGGAGGACUAGUUGCGAAAUUCAUCAUUAGACGCACAAAUGACCUCUUAUCCAAAUACUUACCUGUCAAAUACGAACAAGUCGUCUUCUGCGGUCUUUCGCCGUUUCAGCUCUCUCUGUAUCGCCUGUUCAUUUCAUCGCCUGAAAUUCAGGCACUCCUUCGUGGCGCAGACUCCCAGCCUUUAAAGGCAAUUAAUAUUUUGAAGAAGCUCUGUAACCAUCCCGAACUCCUUGAUCUGCCUAAUGAUCUACGAGGAUCAGAGAAACUGCAACCAGAAGAUUUUUCCGGGGCGGGUGGCUCCAGCCGAGACAAAGGCAGAAAUCAGACUGUCCGUUGUGAUUACAGCGGGAAAUUUAUGGUGCUCGAGCGCUUCUUGCAUCGCAUUCACACCGAGACAAAUGACAAGAUCGUGCUGAUCAGUAAUUACACACAAACUCUCGAUCUGUUCGAGAAACUUCUACGAAGCAAGAAGUAUGGAUAUUUUCGUCUUGAUGGUAGCAUGACCAUCAACAAACGCCAGAAGUUGGUCGACCAGUUUAAUGAUCCCAACGGGAAGGAAUUUGUUUUCUUACUUAGCAGUAAAGCCGGAGGCUGUGGUAUCAAUUUGAUCGGAGCAAAUCGUUUAAUCCUCUUCGACCCUGACUGGAAUCCAGCCGCAGACCAGCAAGCCUUGGCGCGUGUAUGGCGAGACGGUCAGAAGAAAGAGUGUUUCGUAUACCGAUUUAUCUGCACGGGAACCAUCGAGGAAAAGAUUUUUCAGCGUCAAGCAUCAAAGCAGGCACUUUCUUCGGCUGUCGUCGAUGAAAUGGAGGACGCCGAACGACACUUCUCACUUGAUUCUUUGCGAAAGCUCUUCUUGUUCAACGAGAAGACUCUCUGCGAAACCCAUGAGACGUUCAAGUGUAAACGCUGCAAGGAUGGUAAGCAAAUUAUGAAGGCGCAGGCGUUGUUGUAUGGAGAUGCUAGCACAUGGAAUCAUUUUACGAACAUGGAGCUCAAGAACAAUCACGACGACCUAUUACGAGCAGAGGUUGGCUCAUCCGAAGUCUCAUUUGUAUUCCAAUAUAUCAGCCAUUAA